AUGGCAUGUCUGGUGGAGGUUCAUGGCAUGUCUGAUGGAGGUUCAUGGCAUGUCCGGUGGAGGUUCAUGGCAUGUCUGAUGGAAGUUCAUGGAAUGUCUGAUGGAGGUUCAUGGCAUGUCCGGUGGAGGUUCAUGGCAUGUCUGAUGGAAGUUCAUGGCAUGUCUGAUGGAAGUUCAUGGCAUGUCCGGUGGAGGUUCAUGAUGACCAUGUCCACCAACACCAGCGGGGAGACGGUGAUACUGAAGAUUUGGGAUACCGGGACGAUACCAGGUCUGGUGUUCGCCAUGUUGGUGUCUGUUAUCCUGGCCGUCCUGUUGGAGUACAUACACGUCAUAAUGAAAUUUACGUUAGAACAUAACGGCAUCGAAAAAACAGUCAAGCACAGAAAAGAAAAGUCAUCGAUCUGCAGUACUUCAAUGAAGACACAGAUGGUGGUUACAAUAUACCACGUGUUGCGUGUUGCCGUCGGAUAUUGUCUGAUGUUGUUUGUGAUGACAUUUAAUAUUUGGAUAUAUACGGCAGUGGUUUUGGGGUCGGGAACUGGAUUUUAUCUCUCACAUGCAUUUCCAUGCAUUAGUAAUGCAUCUAGAAAAGAGUGUGAAACAGAUUCACAAAUCCAGUUGUCAGUGCGACACGAUGAUGAUAUAGACGUACAUCUCCAGGAAGAAGAAACAUUGUAUGUACAAACGUCACGUUAAAAACACAGAAUACAUUGGUUCCUGGUGCAUCCUGUUUCUCUGGCCGAUAUAUAUUUAGACAUAUAGAUCUAUCCUAUAUGAAAGCCGUUUAAUGUUAAAAUAUUGGAGCGCUAUAGCUGAAACUAGCCUUG